GGAAGCUACCCUCUCUUUGCAUGUCCCAGGUGCUCGUGGUGGGUUGCGGCAACUCCGAGCUGAGCGAGCAGAUGUAUGACGUCGGCUACCAGGACAUCAUGAACGUGGACAUCAGCGAGGUGGUGAUCAAGCAGAUGAGGGAGCGCAACGCCGACAGGAGGCCGAAGAUGAGCUUCCUGGUGAUGGACAUGCUGCAGAUGGACUUCCCGGACGCCCGCUUCCAGGUGGUGCUGGACAAGGGCACCCUGGAUGCCAUCCUGGUCGACGAAGAGGAGGCCACUCUCGAAAGGGUGGACAGGAUGUUCGCUGAGAUUAGCCGGGUGCUGCAGGUUGGGGGCCGCUACCUGUGCGUCUCCUUGGCCCAGGCCCACGUGGUGAAGAAAGCGGUGGGCUACUUCUCCAAGGAGGGGUGGGUGGUGCGCAUUCACCAGCUGGCGGGCAGCGAGGACAGAGAGGCCCAGCAGCAGUUCGUGCUGCCCGUUUUCCUCUACGUCAUGACCAAGUGCAAGAAGCUCCCUGGUUUGGUGCAGCCGAUCCUGGAGAUCUGCACGGAGGAGCUGGACAAGCCUGUGCGGGUGGAGAGCGCGGAGCGGCUGGUGGAGGCGGUAAAGGAGAGGCAGAUGUACGCGCUGCUGCGCAGCCAGCUGGACAAAGCCCCCGGUGCGGGCGACGUCUCCCUGGAUCUGUGCGACGCGGACACCGGGAAGCCUCGCUACACGCUGCACGUGGUGGACAGCCCCUCCGUGAACGCCUCCCGUGACCAUCACUUCGCCAUCUUCAUCGUCCCGCAGGGCAGGGAGACGGAGUGGCUCUUUGGCACGGAGGCGGGGGGGAGGCAGCUGGCUGCCAGCGCAGGCUUCAGGCGGCUGGUGACGGUGGCCCUGCACCGCGAUCAGCACUACGCAGGGAUGGAAGGCAUCCAGGCCCAGCUGUCGGGGAAAGUGAUGGAGCUGGCGCCGCCUGGCCUCCCGGCCCACCAGCAGGUGCCGUUUCUCUCGGUGGGGGGGGACAUCGGGGUCCGUACCAUUCAGCACCGGAACAGCAGCGCCAGGAGUGGGGACUUCGUCAUCGAGGACGUGAGGGGGGACGACGCCUGCUACUUCCGACGGCUCAUCUUCCUCAGCAACAGGAACGUGGUGCAGUCCGAAGCCAGGCUGCUGCCCAGCACGGCCCCCAAAGGUCAGCAAGCCAGAAGAAGCGGAAGAAGGCGAAGAAGAAGCUGGCGGCGGGCGCCACGGAGGCUGAGUGUGGGAAGGAGCUACCUCUGCUGCGAGCACCACAAGGCCAUGGUCGCGGGCCUGGCGCUGCUGGGAAGCCCUGAGCUCCUACCAGGAGCCCGGCUCUCGGUGCUGGUGAUCGGGCUGGGCGGGGGCAGCCUGCCGCUCUUCAUCCACGACUACUUCUGCCAGGCCUGCGUCGAGGCGGUUGAAAUCGACCACGCCAUGCUGGAAGUGGCCACCCGGUGGUUCGGCUUCUCCCAAGGCGACAGGCUGAAGGUGCACGUUGCGGACGGCCUGGACUACGUGGCCGAGCGGGCAGCGGCCGAGGCGCCCGCCCGGUACAGCGCCGUCAUGUUCGACGUAGACAGCAAGGAUCCCACGCUGGGAAUGAGCUGCCCGCCCCCGGCCUUUGUGGAAAAGUCCUUCCUGGAGAAGGUUCGGACCAUCCUGGCCCCAGACGGUGUCUUUGUGCUCAACCUGGUGUGCCGAGACUCCCUGCUCAAGGCCUCCGUCCUGGCCGCCCUCAAGGAGGUCUUCCCUCUGCUCUACGCCCGGAGGAUCGAGGGGGAAGUCAACGAGAUCUUGUACUGCCGCCCGCACCCUGAGGGGCAGCUGGCUGCCCCGGAGCUCCUGGAGGCGGCCCGGGUGCUGGAGAGGACGCUGAGGCAGCCCGGCCGGGCCUGGGACAGCUCCUAUGUGCUGUCGGACAUGCUGAAGGCAGUGGAGCUUGUGUGACCCGCACGGGGCUGGGAGAGGAGCUGGCGGCAGGGACGCUGCGGGUAAAGAGCGACGCCCCCCACGUACCCGUCCCGGCUGCUGGAGCCAGAAUGGUGCCUCUCGAGCAGCCUGUCCGGGAGGCAGGAUCCUUGGAGGGGCUGAAGGGAGGCUGCCAGCCGCGGAGAAAGGCCUGGGGCUACCUCUGCCCUCUCCAGAAGGGGCUCCAAGGUAGCGGUGAAUGGGAUGUGAACUUCUCUUCCGUCUCCUGGCUGGGACGUCAAGGGUUAACCAGCGGGCAGCCCCCCGCCCGCAGCCGGCCUGGCCGGACCUGGCCUUGUUUGACCAGUAAGCCGCCUAACCGGGAUUUGACAUCCCUGUCUCCUAGUGCCUUUGCCGGCUGCCAGGGCGCAGGGCCUGGCUGAGCUCGGCUGCGGGGGCCGCGCUGGGUGUUUGCCGCGGGAGCUUCCCCCGCUCUCUGCAUUUAAAAUAAAUGUCUGUUGCCCCCGGCCGAGGUGGA